AUGGCAGGAGAGAAGAAGGAUACGAAACCUCCAGUGGUACAGAGACAAACCAGUAACCAAAAUGUAGCUCCCACUGCUCAAGGAGUACGACCUGCAAACCCUCAACAACAACAAGGUCAACAACAACAACAACAACAACAACAACAACAACAGCAACCAGGAAAUCCAACUCAAUCUAGACCAGCACAAGCCAGAGCCAAUCAACCACAAUAUUCCCAAGCCGACUUGAAUAGAAUCGUAUUAGAAUAUCUUAAUAAGAAAGGAUAUCAUCGUACUGAAUCUAUGCUUCGUUUAGAAAGUUCCAAUGCCCCAACUCCACCAGUUGCACCAAUUGCUCCUGGCACUACCCCGUUAGCCAAUCCAAGUGAGAUUGAUGCAAAGAAAGAAAAGGAAUUGAAAGAUAAAUUGACCAAGAAUGAACGUGAGAUUCGUGAAUUAAGGGACAAACAAGCAAAAAUUGAACGGGAAUUACGAGAAACUAAAGAUCGUGAAGUUAGAUUGGCUAAGGAGAAAGAUUUACGAGAUUUAAAAGAUUUAGAAGAAAAGAAAAAGAGAGAAAAUGAUCCAGAAAUAUAUACUAUUGCGUAUUCAAUGUUAAGACGUUGGGUUGAUUCUUCUUUGGAUUUAUAUAAACCGGAAUUAUCCAGGAUUUUAUAUCCAUUAUUUAUUCAUUGUUUUUUGGAAUUGAUUUCAAAAGGAUUUGGAUUACAAGCUAAACAAUUCUUUGAUAAAUUUAAACCAGAUCAUAUUAUUUUACAUGGAGUUGAAGUUAAUAAAUUUGCUGGAUUAUCAUUACCUGAACAUCUUAAAGAAAAUGAAUUAGCAAUGGCUUAUAGAAAUCAUAAAUAUAAGAUUUUAGUUUCGAAAACUUCCUUGAAUUUAUUAUUAUAUUUCUUACAUGAAAAUGAAGCAGUUGGAGGUGCAAUUCUUAUCCGGAUAAUUAAUCAAUAUCUUGACCCUGUGAUUUCAAUAAAUAGACCAGAUAAGAUAGAUCAAGAAGAUGAAGCUAAUCCAGAAGAAGGAAUUCCAGAAUAUGUAACCGAUACAAAUGAAGUUGAAAAAUUUAAUGAACAAAGUGUAAAAUUAGGUAAAUUACCAUUAGAUCCAGAAGUUUCAAAAGAAAUCGAAGCAGAAUUAAAAAUUAAAGAUGAAAAAAUUGAACCUAUAAAUGGGAAAACCUUAACGGAUGAAUUUCAAGAAAUGACAAAACCAGAAACAGAUUCUCCAGCAAGAGAAUCUCUUCCAUUGCCAGUUAAGGAUUAUUCUGAUAUUAAAAGAAUGAUUUUAGAGGUCGAGGAUUCAAGAUCAAAAAUCAAACUUGGAGCUAUUCAAGCAAGUGCUCCUUCAGUGUGUAUGUACACUUUCCACAAUACCAACAAUGAUAUGACUUGUAUAGAUUUCAAUGAAGAUUCCAAUUUAGUUGCAGCCGGGUUUCAAGAUAGUUAUAUUAAAUUAUGGAGUUUGGAUGGAAAACCAUUAAAAUCAGUCUUAAAAAGAGAUCGUCAUCGUAAUGAAAAUACCAGAAAAUUAAUUGGUCAUAGUGGUCCAGUUUAUAGUGUAUCAUUUUCACCAGAUAAUAAAUUCUUAUUAUCUGCAUCUGAAGACAAAACUGUCAGAUUAUGGUCACUUGAUACCUAUACAUCACUCGUUUCUUAUAAAGGUCACAAUCAACCAAUAUGGGAUGUUAAAUUUUCUCCAUUAGGACAUUAUUUCGCCACCGCGUCCCAUGAUCAAACCGCAAGAUUAUGGGCUACUGACCACAUAUAUCCAUUAAGAAUAUUUGCCGGACAUAUUAAUGAUGUAGAUUGUGUUGAAUUCCAUCCAAAUUCAAAUUAUGUAUUUACUGGUUCCAGCGACAAGACAUGUCGUAUGUGGGAUGUCCAAACCGGACAUUGUGUACGUAUAUUCAUGGGCCACACCAAUCCUGUAAACUGUCUAGCUGUUUCACCGGAUGGAAGAUGGCUCGCUAGUGCCGGUGAAGAUAGUGUGGUUAAUAUCUGGGAUAUUGGAACUGGUAGAAGACUUAAAGCCAUGAAAGGACACGGAAGAACUUCGAUCUAUAGUCUUGCAUUCAGUCGUGAUGGAAGUGUUUUGGUGAGUGGAAGUGCGGAUAACACGGUUAGAGUUUGGGAUGUGAAGAGAAAUACUAAUGAUGCUGGUCCUGAACCGGAAGCUUUUUCAUUAGCUGGCGGAGAUAAUACAAAAGCAGAUGGUGGAGCAGUUGCUAAUACUGCCGAUGGAAAACCGGUUGAAAAAGUGAAUAAGAAAGAAAUUAUAGCUACAAGUGAUCAUAUGACUGCUUAUUUUACUAAAAAGACUCCGGUUUAUAAAGUUCACUUUACAAGAAGAAAUUUAUGUCUUGCUGCUGGGGCAUUCAUGGGAUGA